AAACUAGAACACAAUAUAAACGUGGGACACACGCUACACAUUCACAGUCACAAACAAGGGAUUUUACACCCACUUGAAAUUCAAUCUGUCUGUAUUUAUCGGAUAGAUAUUUCCUUACUUUGUCAAGAAAGAGCCUUCAAACUACUUCACAGUCCCACUGCUGCUUCUGGAGGAGCAAACAUCUCACUCUUACAAAGUAAGUUUACUUUGCUGUCUUUAAAUGAGAAUCUAACUGCUGAAGAACACUCAAAAUUCAAUAGAAAAAAAAAAAAAUUCAAUAGAAGAAGAAAGGGUUAAUUUUUAAACAAUUUAUUGGUUACACUGCUUCAUAAUUGAUGGCUACAAAAACAUAUAUGUAAUCAACAUUUUUAUUUUGCUUAAUUAUCUUUAAGUUCUCAGAUCUUUAAGUUGUUAGAUUUCAAAUAAGCAGACAAAUGAGCAUGUGUUGUUGUUUUUUAGAUGCACGUUGAAAUUCUCCUGCUGUUGUGUGUGUGUUGCGUGAGGAGGGUCACGACUUACUCCGAUGGGCGAGUGGAGGUUUCCUGUCAAAGCAUGACCCCCAACCACACUGAUUUUAAGUCCCAAAUAAGCAGCUCUCCUUACAAAGUCUCUGUGAACAGCACCACAUUCACACCAGGACAAACCAUCACUGUAACCCUGCAGGCGGCAGAGAAUGCCUCCGAAUUCCAAGGCUUCAUGUUACAGGCUCGAGAGGUGGAUGGAAAAACUGCAGUGGGACGCUUUACAUCAAUAAAUAUCAACCAAUCCCGUGCCCUGAACUGCUUCAACAUAGAGAACUCAACUCUCAGCCAAGCAUCUGCAGACAAGAAGUCCCAGUUUGAGGCUACAUGGGAAGCACCGGCAAACUCCUCCUUGGGUGAUAUUCAGUUCUUUGUGACAUUUGUCAAAGACUAUACAUGUUUUUGGACCAUGGUGAACAGCUCUACAAUUCGCAUUCAAUCCUCUACAACAAUAAAACCACCAGCUGCUUCUCAGCAAACCAGUUCUUUACCAAACUCCAGCCACAAAAACAGACAUUUGAGUGCAGUGUGGCUCAAUGUGAUUCUCCAUGCACUAAUUUUGAACUCACUUUUACUUUUGAUCAACCUUUGAUCAUUCGAACUAGUUUUAUAUGAAAACACUCAGAUGUUUUAGAAUAAAAUCAAUAAAACUUGAUAAUAAUAAUUUUUACGGCAUUCAUAGAAUAUAGAUAUGCAAUAACUGUGGAGACUGUGAAUACUUUAAAUAUGUAAUGAAUAAUCGGCAAUGAAAAUGUCUGUGCUUUCUGAAUUAAAA